GACAACGAAGAAGAACAGAAAACUACUUCCGCUGGUUUUGACGCGUGUGAUUGGUCUCAGCCUGUCCCGACUGCGCUGAUUGGUUAAUAUGGCUUAUUGUUAAACUGAUCUGCCCCGGAUGUUAAACUGAACCAGCUCUGCUAAAACGAAAGCCACUUGAUGAUCUUUGUGGUCCACCUCAGCUGAAACAAUGUCUGACAGUGAUGGCCAAGCACACGAGCCUGCUGGACUGGAAGAUCUGCCACAAAUGCACAGCAUUUCCAAGGGAGAAGUGGUCUCUGUGCAGACCUACGGAGCCUUUAUCAGACUACCAGGAUACAAGAAGGAAGGCCUGGUACAUGUGAGUGAGAUGUCAGCGACACGGAUUGAGAGUGCCUCAGAGGUUGUCGAUAUGGGGGAAAAGGUUUGGAUUAAAGUCAUCGGGAGAGAGAUUCAGGGUGACAAGGUGAAGUUGUCCUUCUCAAUGAAAGCUGUCAAUCAGGGAACAGGACAGGACAUGGACCCAAACAAUGUUAUGGCAGAGCAGGAUUCAAGGCGACGCAGGAAAUUUAGAGAUCACACAGGCAAUAGGAUCACUCUAGAGGCUGUACUCAACACAACAUGCUCAAAGUGCGGCUGCAAGGGUCAUUUCACAAAGGACUGUUUCUCCGCUCCCGGCUUGCAGUACGCUCUGUUGCCUGAAGAUGACGGUGAAGGGCCAAAGCAGCAACAGCAGCAGCAACAGCAGCAACAGCAGCAGACCACCACUGUUGCACCACAAGAAGACUCAGACAAAAAGAAGAAGAAAAAGAAGGAGAAGAAAAUGAAGAAGAAGAGGAAGAGGGAGAGGAAGGAGUCGGGGAGCGACAGCAGCAACAGCAGUGACGAAUGCAAAUCCAAGCGGAGGCGCCACGAGCACACGCACGACAAAGAGGACAAAAAGAAGAAGAAACACAAGAAACACAGAUCACACAAACACAUCUGAGACAGCCGCACAAUGCAAACACUUCAGUCACACACAUUGCAGCUAUCAGAGAGAAGGAAUAGUGGGUAGCAACAGAUGGAGUGACAGACUGCCAGCUGUAUAUCUUUAAAUAAUCCCUCCAUUUUAGCUCAUUAUAGAAAUCUUCAUCCAUUUAUGUUAAACCCAUGUUAUCGAAAGCACGUGCAGACUUUCUAUCAAGUUUAAAGAACAAAAAUAUGUCAAGAGCUAAAGUGUUGCAAAAUCAGGUGACAAGCCCCACUUGCCCUAAAGUAACCUCUGGCUCCCCUCAGAGGGAGGAGUUUACUCAUCCUACUCUAUGAAACCAGAUAAGUGUAACCAAUAUGGCAGCAAGUGGCUAUCCCACUUGGAAUCCAGAUAUUGUUUCACAUCUAUCUGGUUUCAUUUAGCAGAAUUAGGAGGAUCUAACAUAAAAAGUCUGUGUGAAGGCUACACACACACACACACACACACACACACACACACACACAGGAAGUAGUAGAGACAAACAGAAAGUGUAAUACCGCACAAGUGAGCGUGCCAACUUCAAGCUAUGAUGAUGCCCUGAGGUUUUCUGCUGCUUACUGUCUAUCUACAUGUGUGUGUUUGUGUAGCUGGCCUCCAGGGGACUGCUUGAAACACACACACAACUGUCUUCCUGCAUGUCAACUGUUAACUCCAUUAAAGGUGUUUUUAUUUGUGAAGAUAAAAAAA